AUGAUGGAAUACGGAAGAACGCGCAAAGGGCCGCUGCCUGGAGAUCGCCAGGGCGCUUCUGGAGCUGGCGCUGGACGCGGCAGCAUGCGAACCGCCAGCCGAGCGCGAGGUGCUGCACGACCACCCAGCAGCCCCUCGCAUCCAUCAUCCCCACCAGCUGGCUUGGUGUCGGCAGGGUCUUCGCGGGCCCAGCAAUCGGCACCCGCCUCUGGUGGAGUACGCCGCAUGCGUUGGACAACCCAGAUGAACAGCAACGCAUUGCGGGCGUAUUUUGGGGCGAAAGGGGGAGAAACUGGAUGUUUGGCGUAUCGGGCUAGGAUGCAUCGUCUUUUUGCUGAGCUGGAGCCAUCUUUAACCGUCACAGAGCAAAACCUGGCAGACCGAGUUCGGUAUAUCUUGCGCUCAAAUAUAUUUGAUGUCGCCGAACUCGAACGGCUACGACGUGAGGCUGUUCCCUCGUCGGAUGAGAAUGCUACGGCUGAGGAUGCGGCGCCACAAAUGGUAGAGCAACCCGCAAACGUGGAUGCCGCCGUGAAUACCCCAGUUGUGGUUGAUUCCAACGAUGAUGGAACAGUCGCCCAGGAACUGGAAUUAGAGCAUAUGAGGAGGACAUUGGAAGAGGCGAUUGUGGACCCGCGCAGUACGCCUCUCGAAAAUCGACCGCGACUUCCCCGCAUAGCCGUAAGCAAGCGGAAUCGGGCUGUCGUGAGGGCUCUGAACCCAAUGCUGGUGACCUAUUUGGAAGCCAGCCGGGACCCUUGCGAGACGGACUCAAUUCUUUUUGGCGCCGCGCUGGCAGUCUGCCGUAUCAUAGGCGCCAAGGUUUCCACGGCUGGACGCGCUACUGGCCAUAGUAGCGCUAUCCCAGCAUGGAGAAGAAGAAUUGAGGAACGUAUGGCAAAGGCUAGAGCUCUCAUCGGCAGACUGAUAUGCUUCAGAUCAGGCAACAACAGGCCAAGAAUUGUGCGCACCGUCAGGAUGGCGUUUGCUGGGACAAAUGUCAGUUUGUCCCAGCCGGAUAUAACGCAAAAACUGACGGAGCGCAUAGAUGAUCUGAAGCAGAGAAUCGCUGCUUGGGGAAAACGGAUUCGGCGAUAUACCGAGAGGUCGACACGGUUCAACCAGAAUCGUCUCUUCCAGAGUGAUCAGAAGAGGCUCUAUGAAUCAUUGGAGCGACCAAUGGUAAGUGGAACGGGUCCAGCACCGAAUCAGGCCGACACUGUAGCAUUCUGGCGCGGCCUGUGGUCAGAGCCCGUAAACCACAGCGAGGGCCCUUGGACGGAAGUUGUGGCGAGUCAGUGUGCGGGUAUUACGCCCAUGGACCCCGUCAUCAUAACGCCGGAUGACGUAGCUGAGGCGGUCCGUAGGGCCCCGAACUGGAAAAGUCCGGGGCUUGACGGGCUGCAUCACUACUGGCUGAAGGGGUUUAUGGUGUGUCACUCUGUGCUUGCCCGACAGUUUCAAGAGGCUCUCAACCAGAAGUCGCUCCCAAGCCUCUUCACUACUGGGAUCACUCAUUUGGUUCCUAAAGACCAGGGAUCGCCCGCGCGGCAAGAAGUUGGUGGGCGCGGAGGGAUUUUAGGGAGUUUCGGGGUGAAGUGCGGGGGCGCGCAGCAGGGAGUUCCAGUGACAUUUUUUAGUGCGCUCGCGGCUUUCGCAGCGGGAAGUGGGUUAAUUGGUUACGGACACUCGGAACAAAACGCACACGAGAUUAUAACCCAAGAUGAAUGCUGA